AUAAGAGAGUCGUUACGGCGCCUGCGAUUGGGGAAUUAUUUGAUCAAAAAAAAGAGAGCAGGGCAAGAGAAGUUGGAAAUGAAGGAGAGGUGGUCAUGGGGGGAACAAUAAAAGGGGGAGGAGGGAAGGAGAUUACGCAGAUUCCGAUGUGUCUGAAUUGUGCUGUUGCUUGCGGAAACGAGGAUGGGAAUGCUUUGGUGGAGAGAGCCAUGAGAAGGGUUGAUCUCGUUGAUGGUGGACUGAGUCGUGCUCUAUGGUAUGCUGCGACUACGUAUAACAGCAAGAGCAAGAGUCGAGGUAUAAGCCAAAUCCGACGUCCUCGCGCCACGACUAUGAUUGCGAAUAGACAGAGUCUGCUGGGCGGCGAUAGCUCCAUGGAUAUUGUGUCUUCUCCUCCUCCCGAUAUUCCUCAUUCUCCAAUUGUUACAGCUCCCCCUAGUCCCAAUCGAGAGGGAACAGGAGACGAAGAAGACGAAGACACGUUGGCGAGACUACAUUACCGCCGCUAUAGAGCGAACCCACGCUUCGCGAAACUCGAGUGCGUAGUCCCUGUCGAUGCAGCCCUGUAUGUGUCUAUCUUUGACCCCAUGGGCUCCCCGGCCUUCAGACCGCGUCCGGCAAAACCACUGCCGAAAUGGAUGAGGCUGCUUCCUCGGACUCACGAGCUCGGGCGUAAGAAUGAUAAAGAAGGAGACUGUCUCGAGAAGAAUUGCCCAGAUCAGGAUAUGGAAGAGGUAGAGGAGUGUUAUCCAUCACCGCGCUCCGUUCUAGAUGUCCAUUUCCCGCCCGCUUCGACUUUCAGAGCGAGGCAAUUAGUUGACAAUGGGGUCCGUGAGACUCCUGAAAACCCGAUGAACGAUAUUGUAAGAGAGAGUGCAGUAAAUGAGAAAAGAGUGGGAAUGACAUAUCCAGAUGCGCGUCCACCUCUUCGGUUUGCAUGUCUGACUCCUCCCCUAAUGCCACCACCUCGAUCGGGAGCGAUAUCGCCAUCCCCGGGCCCAGCACCAAUUUUAAAACCAGCGCCGCCUCGAAGAAGCUAUGACAGAGAAGCAAACGAGUCGGUUAACUCGGAUUUGUCAGAAGAGUUAUCCCAAUGUCAAAGCGAGGGUGCUGAUGAGGAAAUGCUCAAUAAUGACAGUAGAAGAUAUAGUUCUCCGCAAUCAGAGUCGGGUUAUAUUGACAUAAAGCCAGACCCAACUGCCUUACGUCCCACACAGACACCCCACAAGCGACCCUCUAUCGUCUCUGACGAGCCCCUUCAACAGCCUUCUUCUAGACUUGGCGGCGUAGGGUUACGCAGCGCGUAUGCGGGCAUUUCAAAGGACAAAGAGACUUCUUCUAUCAUCGAGGCUGAUAACACCGGUAAAACCACGCCACGCAGGAAUUCAAAAUCUUUGAAUCCGAUUCUACAAGAUAAUGAACAAGAAAGCGCAAGACGGAAGAUAGGAGGGGAUAAAGAGAAAGGAAAGCGCAAGACGGUCGUGUGGCAUGACUCUGUCGAAGGCGGCGAGACCGAGAGCGAACGCUGCGAUAGCGAAGAGAGUCACGAUAGUUGUCUGGAGAUGCUCGAUCGAGGAUGCGAAGGUCAAAAGAAUGACAGUACCCAGGAUAUAAAUACCCAGCACGACAAAAGCGAUUGGGAAGCAGAAAUAACGAAUACAGCGGAAGAGAAGCUCUAUCCUGAAAAGGCAGACACUUGUCUAGAAUGUGCCCCGAAUCGCUCCCCUUCCUCGCCCAUGUCUAAGCCUACUUUGUCAAAGUAUAGGCAAGAUGCAGAUGCAGAUGAUGAUAAAGCGGGCGCGCUCUGGAGACGUGUUAUCCGCGCCCAGACACCGACGGCGCAAUCCAGUGAGUUUUUGGACUUGUAUCGGUCUAGAUAUCUUACCCGUCGCAACGACCCUUACAAGACGGAGACAGAGACAGUGAGGGACAAUGAUCCUUGCAAGAAGGCGGAAACGGGGAAAGAAGAGAUCAGGUUCGCUCAUCCUAGUCUUGCGAUGCCGGGGAGACGCCGGGAGAGGGAGAUUGGUAUUGGUCUUGGAAACUUGGGUGGUAUACAUGUCGGUGUGGGCGGUGGAAGUGGAAAGAGUGGUGUGAUGGAGAAGAUGUGUCCUACGUGUGGGAAUACGACGAGGGAGUGAUUCUUAAGAUUGGGUUUAUAGGGCAUUAUUCGGUUUAUUGGGUAGAGUGAAGAAGUAAGGCGAAGAAGGCAUGUUGUUGGUAUUGGAUGAGUAGGAGAGGGAGUAUGAAUAUCUGGUAACUUUGCAGCAAGUAUCGUUAGAGGUAUUGUUAGAUAGAAUGGAUGCGUACAUCACUCACUCACUCACUCACUCACUUACUUACUUACUUAC